AUGGGAAAACGAAAGUAUGAUAUCCAGGAAAAUGAGCUUGGUAAGAAAAUUAAAAGUAGUGAUUCACAAAUCCCUGAGGAUGUCACGGAGCAACCUCAAACACAACAGACCCCUAAGAACGAAAAGGAAAUUCAAAAUCAUAAAUUCGACAUGAAACACUUCAGAAAGGAAUUGUCUUCAAAACAAGGGCAAACUAUGGUUUUAACACAGUUCCUGAAUGUAUGUCUUAAUCCAGAUAAAGAUGUAGACUAUAUUUCGGAGUACUUAAAGCAUUCGCCUAUCUGGGAGAGAACUCUCGAUUUCCUCAUUAAACUCAUAGAUAAAAUGAAGCCCGAGGAAAUUGUCCAGAGAAUGAAGAAUCUCACUCCCUUACAGACGGCUAAUUUCGUGAGAUUUGUGACACUCCCCGUGCCUCUGUUGAAACAUAUCCAACCGAAUAUUGGCAAGGAUCAAACGAUAUCCUUGUACUGCGCUAAAGUAUUGGUGAAAAUGUUGCAGUUGGUUAGGCGUUAUAUUCAAAUUUUGGACAUUGACGAUACUCACGCGCGUGUUUCGGAGCUUAGAAAUAAACUAGAGUAUUUUCUUCCUAAACACGUGCCCCCUCCCGCUGCUAUUGUGUCACUGAUCCGUGAUGUUGUCGAAGGCAACAAUACAACAAAAGGUGCAGAUGCUCAAGAUUACCAACUGCCUAAACCUGAUGAUGCGGACGCACUGCUGGUGUUAGUUGAACUGUUGCUGCUAUACAACGACCUGCAUCCGGCGUUUUUCGAAUCCCUCGAGGGUAACAUCGAUAUGAAGAGCAUUCUUGACUACACGGUGACUCUAUCCAGCCCGAAAACAUCCCUAUUGAAGUUCAAGAUUGUUUCGCUGUGGCUAACGCUUGAUAAUACCGCUGUGUCAAUAAACAACCCCAUGUUCAAAGAGCUGUUUCGUAUAAUGCUAGAUGUUUAUACCAACGACUCCGAUGACACUUGGAUCGAGGCUGAGGAUACGAUACGGGAGUUUUUCAGAAACACGACAAUUUUCGAAGGCGACGAAAAUGAAAUUUAUAUCAUGCUGCAUACACUGCGGAACGUUAAAGUAGAACCUAUUGUGUUGAUCGGAAACAUAGUUGAAUAUGCGAUAGCAAACAAGAAAGAGCAUACGGAAUUUGUGAGAAAUCAAAUAGUACACUUCGAAAUAUCCGACACGAAUAAGGAGGAGAAUUUAGAUACACUGUUCAAAGACCUGAUGAGGAAUAAGAGUAACGAUGAAAAUGUAUUCGUGGAGAACGCUGUGCCCUCUUCGUUCAUCGUAAGCUCUUUGCAAUACACACAAAACAAUAAAGAUGCGAAGAAGAAUUUGAAACAUUUCCUAUCUUUUUACGUCGCUAAUUUGCUGCACUGCAAUUUCUCAGCGGAGAUGACGGAAAUUUUGAUGGGCGAUUCGAAGUUAGAUGUGGAGAGGAAAGAUGAGUUCGCGAAAGUAACGGAGAGCUCCAUCUGGCAGAACUUUUGUAAAGCGGUUUUGAAGGACUCUUUGAGGGUGAAAACGGCGAAUCAACCUGUUGGAACGGGACCAAUUCUUUUAUCUUUGCUGACGAAGCUCAUAAAAUUGUUCUAUCCCGACGGCCAUGCCGAUGUAGUCACACUCUUCGACAUGGUAACCUCGCACUCCGAGUUCCUGAACGUGAUGCUUAGCCACCACAGCCCCGCAAUCAAAUCGAGGCUAUUGCAAAUCCUCCAUGCCCUGAUAUCCAUCAACAAGACCGUGAUGAAAUCACAACAGAUACCGGUGUAUUUGAGCGCGUACGGCGCCACGAGGAGCCCGUGCGAUAGACUUAUCCUGUCGCUUUUGUAUAUGUACGAGAGCAACGCGCAACCAGUGAAUGAAUACAAACCUUACGUAUGGGGGGAUUCAGCUGCCAACUAUUACGCCGUGCGAAAGAACAGAACUUCGUCUCUGUGGGGUCAUCCGACGCCGAACCAGGUGCUGAAUCUCUUCGACAGGGAGCUGGUCGAGAGGACGGUGAGACAUUUCCCCGUAACCGAAAGGUUGGAAUACAUCUACGAGUUGUCAGAUUGUUGCGUUGACGAUGAUCGUUUGUUGGUGAAUGAUUCCGUCCGAACGCUCUUAGAAGAAUUAAAUAAUGAGCAAAGCACCACUAGCGUUUACGAUAAUGAAUCCUCGAUUAAACGGCUAAUGCAAAAGUCACGGAUCGAUAAGAUCCUGUUGGAGUUUAAGGAGAAGGACAUGACCGGUCUCUCGCACGCGGAUACCGAUCCGGAAAUCUACGACCCCGUCUUUAUAUUUUCGCUGCUGAGUCACCUAUUAGCGCCUGGUUCGGUGGCGUCCUGCUUCAAGCUGCUACGCACUGGGCUGCUGUCAGUGCCAGUGAUGGCGCUGAGCUCCCACUGCCCUUUGAUGCGGUCGGCCGCUUAUCACGUGCUACACAGAUUCUGCUUGCUAUUAGAGACGGAAACGAAACACAAAAACGAUAAGCUCUUCCUCACAGAUUUCGUCACCACGCUGCGUCUAAGCCUCUCGACCGCUAUAGAGAGGCCUGCUAACGGAAGUAGCGAUUUCUCCGACGUGAAGAACCCACGGCUGCCGGCCGUAGGGGCGCUGUACCUAGCCAGGGCGCUGAUGUCUGUUCCACGACAGCGAGCUGGAGUCUGCCGAGCGGAGGCAGUGGAUCCUCGACGUGAUCUGCGACGGCGCGAAGACCAUGACGACGCCAACGUGGUGUUCAAGAGCAUGUGCCUGAAGAUGGCCAUGGACUUCUACUCGACGGUGCUGUGCGAUCGCAGGACCAGGGAGGGGAUAUUGGGCGCGCUCAACUCCAUCGUGAGCGUGCCUAGGGCGUUUGAAAUACUGAUGGAGGGGUACGGGCUCCUGGCGUGGUUGCAUUGCGCGGCGAGACAGUUGGCCAGGGACGAGGGACGCGUCGCGGUCAAAAUGUUCCACCUGCUCGAGAGCAUGCUCAGGAGCCUGCGUGUAUUGGCGUUCGACAAGUUCGCGAGCAACAAUUUCCACAACGCCAAAAUCGCUGACGUCGUCCGCGACGUGAAGAGCGACAAAGACGUGGAGUUCAAGAUUCUGCUCAUCGCCAACGAGCUGUCCGGGCAUCUGGACGGCUUGGAGCUUGCAGACGUCCGGAGAUACUUGGGCAUAUACAGAUUGGUGUCCAGGAGGGUCGUCAAGUUUCUGACGGCCGGUCAGAUUUUGAAUUUGAUCAACAAAUGUGGAGCGUUGGCAAACGCCGGUGAAAGCGUUGAACUGCUGUCACGAUCGGUCACUACCGGAGCCGUCAUGUUGCGAAGCGCGAUUAUUGAGAGCUCGAUGGAUGCGGCACCAGACAACGGCAUCGUUAAAGAUUUAGUUCUGCUCGUGCAGGCUUAUUUAGCG